ACUAGGUACGAGGCUCGAGCGCGCUCAAUGACUUUUCCGCGUGUUCUCGUUCUCUCACAACUAUCAUCCAUCAGCGCGCGUCCGAAUUCUUCACGCUUUUUGUAGCAGCAGCAUAUCUUUGCAGAGUCGCGGACCUUUUCAGGCUACCACAGCCUGGACUUUGGCUACUUUGCUGAUUCUCUGGAUCAGCACUACCACGAUUUAGCUUGAAGGAGUGAAGGGCCCUUGAAAUGCAUUAUAAUCAGCAAACACCGUGGAUGCCCCAUCAUACCGCAUCUUUCAGUGUAUCAUCUAAUAACGGACGAGCACCACCACCUCGACCCCGCCAUUCAACAUUACCCGGUUCUAAUUUGGCACCUCAACUCCCCAUAAGCACUUCUAGCUUUCCAUCGAGGCCUGUUCCUACGAGUUUGACCCCUGGCAGACGACCGUCUCCUAUCGAUUUUGGUGUUCGGCAACAACAGCAACAACCACCGUCCGCGAUUCUAUACAAUUCGCCCACUUCAGUUUUCGCAUCCCCGCAGCAUACAUCAUUAUAUGGCGAUUAUUUCUACCCUCGGCCGCAUCACUCCUUACCACCCCCUCCUGUACCCCAGAAACCUCUGGGGAUAGCUGCACCCUCGCUGUCUGCCAUUCCACGCCCACCUGUUCCUCCGAAACCACUACUGGUAUAUCCUGCGACCCCACCGCGCAACCCACUCUAUCCGCAGUCGAUUCCUGGUCCCGUUCCAGGACCAUCUAGCCAGCCGACACCCAGUGAAGAAUCUCCCAUCGAUGACAAUGAUAUCGCACUAGCGCUAGCGCUAUCUGAAUCCGAGGCGCGUCGGCAGGAGGAAGCCAUUCUCGCUCAGGAGGAAGCCGACUUGGUAAAGGCUUUGGAAGAAUCUCGCACCUUCGCCAGCAAUUACAGCAGUUAUGUGUCAAACAACUUCAUUGACAGACGUCAGGAUUUUCCUGGAUGGACCCUCGACAUCUUCUCAGUCUUCCUUAUCUUCCCCUCUGGGAAACGCUUUCCUCAGUCCGCAGUCUACCACCACACACCAUACCUCCAAGUUCCCAGAAGGCGAAAGCUUUCUCCACCUGAUUACACCCAGUACAUCUGAGAGUUUUUUUGACGAGGACGAUUCUAUUCCUAACACAGGUGUAGAAAGUCGAGAACCGGUUCAAUCCGUGACUGAUGACUCCCAA